UCCUUAUUAUAUGGCUAUUGUUAAAAAUCAAUUAUCUGCAUCUUCAGCAUCUAUUCCAGUACUGUCAGUUAAACUAUUCUUUGGUGAUCAGGAAGAUAAGAAAAAAAUUGUUACAAUAUUAUACUUAAUGGCAGAAAUAUGCAAUAAGCAUGUUAAUAAUUUUAAAUUAGAGUUUGCUUUGCAUCUUGCAGGAUCUGGAGUAACUUGUAAUGCAAUUAAUACAUUAAGCAGUGCUGGAAUUUCAGUUAUUCAUCAAACCAUAUAUAACUACAAAAAAAAAAAUGCUAACGAGCAUUCAAUAAGGGAUAAUAAUUUGAAUGAUAAUGACAAGCAAGAAGAUACUAAAGAUGAUGAUUCAGAAGAGAUGAUAAUUGAUCAGCUAAACAGACAAGAAACUCUAGAAUUAGAUUUGUUUCAUAGAAUUAACAAAAUUGAUAAUUGGUAA